AUGUAUACCUCAGGGUGGCUGCUCUCGUGUCUCUCGUUGACGUUACUUAGUUCAGCAAGUGCUCUGACAUCACAGGAUUACUGUCCUCCCCUGGGGCCAGACUAUCCACCGCCGUCAAGCUUGUCCAAUGACCGAAUCUUCACCGCAGCAAUUCAGGAAGUCCUCUCUUCACUGGAUCAAGUGACGGGCAGCAAUGGAGAUCUUCACAACGACUCAAUCUCAGUACAGAUCUUUAGUGGCCGUGAUCCAAAGCCACUCGCCUACUUUGCGGCGACCUCCGAGCAUAUCAACACGACGUUAGGCGUCAGCAGUGUCGACGAGAACACAGUGUUCCGGGUGGGAAGUGUAUCGAAGAUAUUCACUGUGACGCUGCUGUUGAUGGAGGAAGGGCUAUGGGCCUUCUCCGAGCCCAUUGCGAAAUAUGUCCCAGAGUUACGCGAAGCAGCAGAGAGACUACGAUGGGAUCCUCGCAGAAGACGCGAUGCCGUUGAUUAUGUGAAUUGGGGAUCAAUCACCAUCGGAGAACUUGCAAGUCAUCUGGCCGGCAUUCCGAGAGACUAUGGAGAACUUGAUCUGUCCGGCCAGGCUGCCUUGAUGGAGCAAUUAGGUUUCCCGGCACUAUCGCCAUCAGAGGUUCCCCCUUGUGGCAACCCUGACCCAUACAUGGGCAAAAGUGUGUUCACAGCUGAUGACGAGAUUGCAGAGUUCUUCAAGGGCUUGAUACAACGGCACCCCGUUGUGGCGACAUCUUCGACACCCGUUUAUUCCAACGCCGCAUUUCAAAUACUUGCCUACGCAUUGGAAGCCAUGACUGGUGAAUCCUUUGAAAGACUACUUCAUGAAGACAUUGUUGUUCCGCUUGGCUUGGAAGCAACUUCAUAUUUUAAGCCAGACAUGUCAGUGGGAGUGAUCCCCACGGAGGACGGAGAGCACUGGUGGUCAUUUGACCUUGGCGACGAGGGCCCUGCUGGAGGCAUCUAUUCAAGCACAAGAGACAUGACCGCUUUGGGCCAGGCCAUUCUGAACGGCUCCUUAUUGCCAGCCUCCAUCACAAGAAGGUGGAUGAAACCCCAUUCGCACACAUCGACCCUCGACAGUUCUGUUGGUGCACCCUGGGAGAUCAUCACACUUGAGAACGGGCGCCCUAUCGACAUCUACUCCAAAGCAGGCGAUAUUGGAGCCUACUCCUCCAUGAUUGCACUGUCGCCUGACUACGACGUUGGUUUUACGAUUUUCUUUGCUGGAACGGAUGGCCACGCCAAGGUCGCUUUAGCCGCUGAUUUAAUUUCCGCCAAGCUUUUCCCGGGCCUUGAAGCCGCAGCUAAAGAUCAAGCUGCCUCCAGAUUUGGGGGCGACUACGCUUCAGCAGAGGGUGUGAAUUCCACCAUUUCUAUCACGACAGACGACGGUCCAGGUCUUCAAAUUGCGAGCUGGGUCAACAACGGAACUGACAUGAUUCAGUCGUUGAUGACCAUGAGCAACGCUCAAGAUCCCUCCACUUUCAGCGUCCGACUUUAUCCCACUGGGCUAGACAGUCCCGGCCAAAUUGCAUUCCGAGCAGUACUGCCAGCGAGACUUUCAACGGCGGGUAACGGACCUUUUACCUCCGAGUGCCUGACCUGGGUUACAAUGGAUGCGCAGAUUUACGGAGGCAUUGGAAUUGAUGAAUUUGUCUUCAAUUUCAACGAAGCGGGAAGCGUGACCAGUAUUACUCCCCGGGUGCUCCGGGCCACUUUGCCGAAGAUCUGA